AAUACUAAAUUUUGCAACAUUGCAUAAAAGUGAACGCCUGUCAAAUUACAUUUCACUUCCUUCUUCUUAAUCUUGUCUUUUAAGUAAGCACAACAUAUUUCUGUAAUGUAAAAUACUUUAAGAAUUAAUCUAAAUAAAACUUGAAAUAUAUAUGAACUAAUCAUAUUAAGUGGCGACGAGAAGUAAAUGACGGAAGAAGAGAGAGUAUAUGUGCCAGAAACAAAAAGGAUGGCUACCAGAUUUGGCGAUUUGUGUUCCUUUAAUGUUGCUGCUGGCAAAUGGCAGGUAUAUGAGGAACAAAUGCAAUUUUUUUUUAUGGCUAAUGGGUUGGACGAUGAUAAAGCAAAAAAGGCCAUAUUUUUGUCAUCAUGCGGAACAGAAACAUAUGCUUUGCUCAAGUCUAUUGCGACACCAGAAAACAUCACGGAUGCUUCUUUUACCUUCGACAAAGCAAUAACUCUACUAAGGAAACAUUUUUGUCCACACGCAAAUAUAAUAAUUCAGCGUUUUCAGUUUUAUCGGAGAGACCAGCAAGAAGAAGAAGAAAUUCCAGAGUAUUUAGCGGCUCUUCGUAAAUUAUGUCAACAUUGCGAUUUCAAAGACUUAGAUGAAAUGCUAAGAGACAGAUUGGUUUGUGGAAUGAGAGACACGAAUUUACAGAAAAGGUUGCUAGCUAACGAAAAGUUAACGUUGGAGGUAGCAGAAAAUGAAGCAAUUGCUAAUGAAGAGGCACAAAAAAGUUUAACAACACUGAAGGGAUCCACCAAUGUACCAGUGGUAAACAGAAUAGGUAACAGAAAGGUGAAUAAACAAGAUGAAAUGAAAAGGUGUUUUAGAUGUAAUGGCAAUCACUCAGCUGAUACUUGCCGUUUUAAAAACGAACAGUGUUUUUUCUGUAAGAAACAGGGGCACAUAGAGAGAGCGUGCAUAACCAAAACAAAAAAGAAGAAAACACAUCAUUAUCAAAAACAUCACCGUUCGAGUGUGAAUCAAGUUUCAGAUCAAAAAGGGGGAAAUAAAGAGUAUGUUUUGACGGUCUCGAGUCAGAGCACAUCUUCGUUUGUGAGAGAAAUAAACAUAUACGAUCGACCUGUAAAGAUGGAAAUUGAUUCAGGUGCCAGUCAUUCUAUAAUGAGCCAGAGGAGGUUUGUUGAACAUUUUGGAAAGAUGCGAUUUGAAAAGAGCGAUAUCGAUUUGCGAACGUGGGGAAACGACAAGAAACUGUCAAUUGUUGGAAAAGUGUUGGUUCCAGUUAGCACGGCUAAAUUUAAUGGUAAAUUGUGGUUACUAGUGGUAUCAGGUGAUGGCCCAUCACUGAUAGGAAGGAAUUGGUUUCAAGAUUUGGGAAUACAAAUUAUGAGCAGUUGCAAUAACAUCGGUUCCAAUGUUCCAGAGCAUAUUGGUGAAUUUGAAAGUGUGUUUGAUGAGAGUCUUGGGGACUACAAAGGAGAGAAGGUUAAACUCCACGUAAAGGAAGGAGGUAAGCCAAGGUUUUAUAGAUUCCGACCAGUACCAUUUGCAUUAAAACCUAAAAUAGAAGUGGCUUUGCAACAAAUGAUGGACGACAAAAUAAUUCGACCAAUAAAGUAUAGCGAAUGGGCAACACCCAUCGUCCCUGUGGUGAAACCGGAUGGCAGUAUUAGGAUAUGUGGAGAUUACAAGUGCACCGUCAAUCAGAUUUUGUGUAAUGAAACAUAUCCACUCCCAACAAACACAGAAGUCUUUGCAACAUUAUCCAACUGUAAGUGGUUUUCAAGUUUAGAUUUGGAUAGAGCGUACACGCAAGUAAAAGUAGAUGAGGAAUCGGCGAAGAUUCUCACUUUAAAUACUCAUAAGGGAUUAUUUGAAGUAACCAGAUUACCUUUUGGAAUUUCAACAGCUCCAAGCAUAUUUCAAAGAAUGAUGGAAAACAUUGUGGGUGAUGUUCCAGGUGUGGUGGUUUACUUGGACGAUAUUUUGAUUGGAGGUUCGACGAUGGAGGAAAUGUGGUUACGAACGAAAGAGACACUGCGACGCAUACAAAACGCAGGCCUCAAACUAAAGAAAACGAAAUGUGUAUUUGCUGUGCCAGAAAUAACAUUUUUAGGAUUUAUUAUAAACCAGAACGGAGUCAAGCCAACGCUUGAGAAAAUAAAAGCAGUGUCCGAUGCACCGGAGCCUACCAAUAAACAACAACUUCAAGCGUUUUUAGGAUUGCUAAAUUUUUAUGAUCGUUUUUUCCAGAACAAGGCAGAUUUAUUGGAACCAUUAUACAGGUUGCUAAAGAAAGAUGUUUUGUUUAGAUGGGGUAAGGAGCAGAGAUCCAGUUUCAGUAGAGCAAAGGAGAUUUUAAAAUCUGAACAAGUACUAGUGCACUAUUCACCAGAAUUACCUUUGAUAUUGUCCGGAGACGCAUCGCCAUAUGGAGUCGGGGCCGUUCUCGCUCAUGUGAUGCCAGAUGGAAGAGAGGCACCAAUAGCAUUUGGUUCAAGAACGCUGCAACCAGCAGAGAAGAAUUAUUCGCAGCUUGACAAAGAGGCACUCUCUAUUAUUUUUGGAAUAAAGAAAUUUCAUCAGUAUUUGUGUGGCCGGAAAUUUACGAUUUAUACGGAUCAUAAACCAUUGCUGGGACUCUUGAAUCCUUCUAAACCAAUUCCACAGCAUAUUUCGCCCAGAUUAUUACGAUGGUCGUUAAUGAUGGGAGCAUACAAAUACGAAAUUGAGUAUAGAGAAGGAAUGAAUAAUCAAAACGCAGAUGCUCUUAGUAGAUUGCCGCUGGUGAGUGAUACAAGUGUUCCGCCAGAUUAUAACGUUUUAUAUUGUAUAGAGGGCGAAGAACAAUUUUUAGUAACAGCGAAGGAGAUAUCAAAUGCAACCAGGACUGAUCCAAUAUUGUCAAAAGUAAUUUGGCAUAUUCAAAGAAAGUACAAAAAAUUAUUGGCAGAUUCAGAUGACUUAAAACCGUAUGCUGCAAGAGUGAAUGAACUUUCUGUAGAUGGUCAAUGCUUAUUGUGGGGAUGUCGAGUAAUUAUUCCACACAAACUUCGAGGCAGAAUAUUAGCAAUGCUCCAUGAAAUACAUCAAGGAAUAACAGCAAUGAAAGCAAUAGCUCGCAGCUAUUUUUGGUGGCCGGGAUUAGAUAAAGAUAUUGAAAUAUUAGCAAAAGGAUGUGAAAAAUGUUGUCAACAAAGUAGAAGCCCACCAGUUGCAGAACCGAAAAGUUGGCCUGAAACACAGAGGCCUUGGUCCAGAUUACAUCUAGAUUACGCAGGUCCAUUUUUGGGGACGAACUUUUUGAUUGUAGUAGAUUCUCACUCAAAAUGGGUGGAAGUAAAAAUGACAAAAUCUAUUACGUCAAAUAAAACAAUUGAACUUUUGCGAGAGAUAUUUUCUACUCAUGGUAUACCUGACACAGUGGUGACAGAUAAUGGCAGAAAUUUUAUUUCGGAGGAAUUUGAAGGAUAUUUGAAGGGGAAUGGGAUUUACCAUGUACGGACAGCACCCUACCACCCUUCAUCGAACGGACAAGCGGAAAGAUUUGUCCAGACCGUUAAAAAUUUUUUGAGGAAAGUGAAGACAAAUAAUUUGCAUAAAGAGCUAUCCAACAUACUUUUACGACUUCGCACAACACCAAAUAGCAGCAGCAAUAUUACUCCGUCCGAGAUGCUAAUGGGGAGAAAGAUAAAAACAUUGAUGGAUCACAUACAUCCAGCCAGUUCAAAAUCAAUAAAGGGAAAUACACCAGAAAAGCCGGUGAGGAAGCUUGGAACAGGUGAGAAGGUUUGGUAUAGGAAUUAUGGCAUUGGAGAAAAAUGGUUACCAGGAACAGUUCAGUCAACCGGAUCACGAAAUUAUGAAAUUCUAGAUGGAGAUAACAUACAAUCACGACAUAUAGACCAACUACGCACACGUUUACCCGAUACAUCUGCAUCUCCAGCCUUAAAUGAAACCAGCAGUCAGCAAGUAGGAACAACUGUCGAGCCAGACCAAAAUAUAGUUCCUGAUUGUUUGCCAUCAGAGGACACAUCCGCAAUAGUAAGCGAUACGGCGACAACAAGUCAAGAAACAGUGUCUACAUCAAUCCGCAGUCGUCCAGCACGUCAAAGGAAAGCUCCUCUGAGAUAUGGUGACUACCUGAUGGGGGAAGAACUGUAGUAUAGUGUAAUACUAAUACUAAAUUUUGCAACAUUGCAUAAAAGUGAACGCCUGUCAAAUUACAUUUCACUUCCUUCUUCUUAAUCUUGUCUUUUAAGUAAGCACAACAUAUUUCUGUAAUGUAAAA